AUGCAUAGCAAGGGCAUCAUGAGGAACCAAACGUCCGUGGCUGAAUUCCUCCUGCUUGAUCUCUCCAGGAACCAGAAGAUCCGUCUCUUACUGAUUAGUCUUUUUUCUGGGGCCUACAUCAUCACUCUGGUGGGCAACACAGUCAUUCUGCUGCUCAUCUGGCUGGACUCCCGACUCCACACACCCAUGUAUUUCUUCUUGAGCCACCUUGCCUGUGUGGACAUCUGCUACACUUCCAGCACAGUCCCCCAGAUGCUGGCCAACCUCCAGAGCCCAAGACAAACCAUCUCAUUGAUUGGUUGUGCCAUACAGAUGCAUAUUUUUCUGAUGCUGGCUAUCACUGAGUGCUUCCUCCUUGCAGUGAUGGCCUAUGAUAGGUAUGUGGCAAUAUGCCACCCGCUGCACUACACAUUCCUCAUGAACAAAACAAUGUCUAUCAACUUGGUCAUAACAUCAUGGACAAGUGGCUUUUUAUUGCCAAUUAUACAUACUGUCCUCACCUGGCAGUUGCCAUUCUGUGGUCCCAACCUGAUAGAUCACUAUUUUUGUGAAAUGCCAGCGAUUUUGAAGCUGGCAUGUGCCGAUACUGAAGUUAUCGAAAAGGUUACUUCGGUGGGUUGCAUUUUCACCCUGCUUAUGCCCAUCUCCUUUAUCAUGAUGACUUACAUCCGCAUCUUGGCUUCCAUCUUGAAAAUGCAGUCUGCACGAGGCCGGUACAAAGCUUUCUCCACAUGUGCCUCCCAUGUGACCUUAGUGGUGCUUUUCUAUGGCAGUGCCAUAUUUAUGUACAUGAGGCCUGAAUCUAGCCACUCCCCAGGUGAGGACAAAAUGAUUUCUUUGGUCUAUAGCAUUAUCAUUCCUAUGUUCAAUCCCAUGAUAUACAGUCUGAGGAACAAAGAAGUAAAAGGGGCCUUGUUAAAAGUGUUAGGCCACUCAGGCGGCCGCCUAGAGCGCUGA